UCCUAUGGCUCAUUCAGAGCUGUGUAAAGACUAUGGUGUGCAUUUUCAUCGUUCUUUUGUUUGUGAUGGAGAGCCUGUUGUGGUGACAUGUCCCAUAGAAACAGUUGUCAAGGAUUUAAAAGAGUACGGAUACAGUCAUGAAGCAGAGUGGUCCAGACAGACACCUUACAUAAACAUAACAGAGGAGAAACCCAGAAUAAACCUACUGAGUGAUUCUUUGCUACUAUUUCCCACAAAACAUGGAGACUCUGGCCCAUAUGAAUGUGUGCUGAGAAACUCAACAAACUGCAGCAAGAUGACAGUUAUACUGGUGGUUUAUGAAAAUGAUCAUGGCAUGUGUUUUAACAGCAGUUUAACAUAUCUGCAAUCUGCAUGGCUGUCAACGAUUGGAAAAAUUGUUUGCCCUGACCUGGAUAGAUUCAAGAAGAUUGGCACAGUGUCACAAAUUAGAUGGUAUAAGGAGUGCAUUCCAAUUCUGCCAAAUACUGAUAAAUACAAGGACGUUGGUGAUUCACUUCGUAUUGUAAUGCUGACAAGAGAAGAUGAAGGAAACUAUACAUGCGAAGCAACAUUUGAAUAUAAUGAAAAAAUUCUCAAACUGACUCGAACUAUUGGCUUGGACAUUAAAGAACAAGGAAAUCGAGUGUCAUCAGAGAUCAUCUUUCCAAUGAAUACUACCAUAGAAGUAAACAGCACUAAAGACCUUGUUGUAGAAUGCCUUGCAGUGCUUGGAUCUGACACAUCAGUAUUAUUUUGGAUGGUUGGUGGUAACUUUAUUGAAGAUGUAUAUAAGGAUAGAAGAGUGCUGGAGAAUGCAACACAGGAAAUACUAGUAAAUGGAACCAAAAUGAAAAAAAAUCCUCUUAUCUUCUUUGAAGUAUUAAAUGAGGAUUAUGGAGUUAAUUUUGAAUGCAUACUGGUGGCUGGUGAAAGACAUGUCAGAACAUACUUUACACUAAAACCAACAGAUACAUGGUAUAGGAAAUACGUAAUAAGCAGUUUUGUCACAGCAGCUUUUUUCUUGUUAGUUGGCAUAUGUGUAUACAAGUUCUUCAAGGUUGACAUUGUCCUGCUUUAUCGGGAUUCCUGUUACUUGCUUAAAAAAACUCAAGUUUCAGAUGACAAAAUGUAUGAUGCUUCCAUUAUUUACCCAAGAGACAUCAAUGUUUGCAGCACUAGAAGCUCUACAUGCAAUACUGACACCUUUGUAUUGAAAUGUUUGCCUGAAAUCCUAGAAGAUACAUAUGGGUAUAAACUCUUCAUUUUUGGGAGAGAUGCACUACCAGGGCAAGCUGUGGCAGACAUUAUGGAUGAAACCAUACUGAAAAGCAGAAGAUUGCUGAUUGUGCUUACUGCACAUGCUUCUGAUCAGACCUGGCUUAUGUUUGAUCAAUUUCUUGGGCUAUACAAUGAUCUUGUUGCAGAGACAGUAAAGGUCAUUCUGGUUGAAAUGGAAAAAAUCACUGACUACAGACAUUUUCCAGAGUCAGUUCAGUAUAUAAAAGAAAGAGGAAGCAUUGUACAAUGGAAAGGAGAUUACACUGAACAAUCACUUUCACCAAAGUCAAAAUUUUGGAAAAAACUGAGAUACCUAAUGCCACCAAGACAUAUUCAAGUGUCACAUGAAAAUCACAUGAUUACAAGAUCAUAACUAGCAAUGUGGUUGUCAUAUUUGAGAAUGGUUCACAUUUGUGAGACCAUUAAAUUAUAUUUGGUGACUGAAUGAGUAAGACUAAGCAAUGCAGAGACAUUUAAAAAUCUGCUCAGUAAAACUUAAGGAUUUAUGUUACCACAGACAGGUAAUACAGUUCCUUAGUGGUCUGUGCAGUUGGUACUACCUGAUACACAUAUGGACAUAACUUGCGGUCUAGACCUAGAACACUAUUUUGGUAUUUUACUAUGAGGUAUCCUGCACUGCAGUGUCUUUAGCGGAGAGAUGGCAGUGAUUUCAUCAGCUGUCCUGCCAGUUAUGUGACUACACUGCAUGCACUGAUGCAUGUAGAAACAAAUGUGCACAAGUGAUGCUGCUUGACCAGUUGUAUUCCACUUGCAGCAUCUCACACAACAUGAUUAUUAUAUGUUUUAAUUGCACAAAUGCUGGACUUUUUGGAGCAGGUGUUCUUUAUUCAGUCAUUAUGACAUUUUCUUAUGUUGUUCAAGUUAUAUUCUUCCAUAUUAUUAAAGCUGUGGCAUUGGUUUGAGGGAGGUCAUGAAAAGCAUGCAAAAACUUAGACUAAGGCAACUGUGAAUAUGUUUACUAGGCAGGAAGACCUCCAAAGAGAUUUGGAUUACUGACACACUGAAGGAGAAUUCUGAUAUGUCUAGCAUUACCUGGGAAAAUUAUUUACUACAGGAGCACUACUGUGUUCUCUCUGAUGUGCCAGGGAGGCAAUUAUCUGAAUAUCAAGAAAAUGCAAGGCACUGUAUAUAGGAAGUCAUGUACUGGUGUGCAUGAAAAUGUAAAUAUGAUGCUCUGUGCAUAUAUGUAUGUAUUUAGCACAUUUAAAGGAGAAAAUAUGCAUAAAGACAUUUCCAAAAUCAUUUUGCCAGUCAGGGUUUUGUGAAUAUUUCUGUAAGCCAUCAAAACUAAUGUUUCCAGAGAUAUUCUGCACAGUAGACCUGAAAUAGCAUAGCAGCAAACAAUCUAGGUUCUUCAUUUUCAAAGGGCAUAUUUUACCCUAUGGAAGGAGAUGAUAUUUCUGCCUGCAGAAUUGUGUCUUAGUGUACCAAGCUUCUAAAGCAGGUAAGGUGUUCUGUCUAUGGUAUGGAACAUACCUUGGCAUCUCUCCACAUGCCAUCUUCUAGUUAGCCUCCUCCCAAACAGACAUAUUUGCUUCAGUUUGAAUGAUUCAUUGCACCUAAGAUCUCAUUCAUUACCUGGUUGGCUGUGAAGUAUUCUCAGUCUAUUCAGGAGGGAUUCAAACAAAAUGUAAACUGACCAAAAUGUGAAUACAUCAACACAAACUUUGUUAUUACUGACAAAUGUAUAUUUACCUCAUAUAAUAAAGGCUGUGACUUGAUGGCACACUUAUAAUGA